GUGGAAGAGGAUGAAACUGCGGAAAGGAGUCUGCCAGAGGCUUCAGUGUGUUCUGGCAGUCCUCGUGAAGAGGAGCCACCUGCAGUUGUUACGGUAGCGAAUGAAGAGAUGGCGAGGACUGGUUCAUCCAGCCCUGAGCAAGAAGAUGCAAGUCAACAUCAUCGAAAUGAAAUCAACAGUGACAUCAACAAGGACGAAUUUGGUGGAGUGAAUACAUCGCCCUCAACCACAAAGGACCAGAUGCAUAGCUUGGAACAAGCAGACAAGCAUAUUAUGGACGCGGUGGACACCGGCAGCACGUCUUCAAGCAGGACCAAUAAAGAAGAGCAUCAAGAAGAAUAUCCAAAGACGGCUUCAGGUAAGAACCCUGUGCGUGGCGACUUGGAUGCACAGACCCACACAAAAAGGAAGGCGGAAGAAAUCGCAUAUCGAGGUCCAAUGUGUCCACGAGAGUUUUUCUCGAGAGACUAUGUCGAUCAUGGUCUUCUAGAACAUCAAGAUAGAAGUGAUGGUGCAGAAGCACCUCCAGUUGUUAACAAAGGUGCCAAAAACCUCGAUCCCUCUCUCUUAAUCGAUUUGGAGUUCGAUCUCAGCCUAUGGCCUGUUCCCUGUCGUGCGGACCUAGGAACCCUAGCGGACGUGAUCGCAGAACGCUUCCUGAUUCCUGUUUUG